AUGGCGUCCAUCAACAAGGACCACAUAUCGCGCUUCGAAGUCAGCGGCGUCCACACCCACCCGGAAGCCAAGGUUGACAUUGUUCUCGUCCACGGCCUGAACGGCGACCCAAAGAGGACAUGGACGGCCUCCAACAAGGUCUUUUGGCCCACCGACCUUCUUCCCGAGUCCUUGAAGGGGAAGCAGGCCAAUAUACUAGUCUACGGCUACAAUGCCGAUGUGUACGCCAAGAGCAACGAUAGGAGUGCGAGUGACAACUUUGUGUUCCAGCAUGCUCAAACCCUCAUCACGCACCUGACGACCUAUCGCAAGAGCGAGGAGACGAUGCGGAACCCCAUCAUCUGGGUGGCGCACAGUCUGGGCGGCAUCCUGCUGAAGCGAGCCCUCCUCUAUUCCAGCGAUGUUCGCAACCGGCAGCACGAGGACUUUCGCUCCAUCUACGUCUCAACAUACGCCAUCAUCUUCCUGGGCACGCCGCACACCGGCUCCGGCCUUGCCCGAUGGGGCCAUGUCUUACAAGCCAUGUCCGACGUCGUGCUGCCCAAGAAGUUCUUCGAGUCCGAGUCAAUUCUGCUCAAGACCCUCAAAAAGGACAACGAGCGCCUCCAAGAGAUCAACAACCACUUCCUCGAUAUCUACCAGCGCUUCCACAUUCAUAUGGCUCACGAGAGCCUAAAGACGGAUCUCAAAGGCACCAAGACAUUGGUCGUGGAUGCGGACUCGGCCAGCCCCCAACUGCCCGGGGUGACGUACUAUGGGAUCGAGGCAACUCACUCGGGCAUGUGCAAGUUUGAUAGCGUCAAUGCCCCCGGCUAUCGUACGGUGUCGACGGCGAUCCGGGAGUGGGUGACGGAUGCUCCGCCAGUCAUCGAGACCCGGUGGGAGGUAGAGACUGGGGAUCGCCAGGUACGGGAUGCCCUGGAGAUUCGCGAGAUCUCCCGGGCGCACCAGGACGCUGCCGGAACGGCCGGACAGCCUAUGGGCACUGUUGAUCCCCAUAGUCAAACGGCAUUGCCCUCGAAACCACAACAGGACUUGGUCCCAACCUCGCCCUUGCCCCUCGUGUCGGUCCCGGCUCGGCCAGCCCUUGCCGACUUUGAAUCGCAAGACCCAAUUGACCCGCUCUUCAUCGUGCCCAAGCCAUUUCGUCCCAAUUCGUAUUUUGUCGGACGUGAGGCAGAGCUGGACGAGUUGCACAGGAAGCUCAUGGACCCGCGCCGGCGGUCCGUAGGGACCUCGGCCGUCUUGAUACAAUGCCUGCCGGGCGGAGGCAAGACGCACCUUGCACGCCAGUACGUCUUCGGUCACAGAGAAGACUAUCCCGGCGGCAUCUACUGGGUGCGCGCAAAGUCGGUCCAGGAGAUGGAGUCGUGGUACUGGCGGAUAGCCAAGGACGAGGCACUGCGCGAAUCGAUGGAGGACCUGGCGCAGCAGGGCUUCGACGAGCUACGCGACCCUCGAAAGAUUGUCGACAUUGUACGCAAGUGGUUCAACAGCUUCGAGGACUGGCUCCUCGUCUUUGACGGCAUUCACUUUGACGAGCCCGGCCUCAAGAGGUUCAUCCCGGACGCCAAGAACACGAGCAUCGUCUUCACCUCGACGGAGCGCGCAGUCUCGGGCGACUACGAAUUUGACAACCCGCAAAUCAUGGAGCUCGGUCUCCUACCGGUGGCCGAGGCGCAGGACCUCCUCCUGCUCGAGAUGGAGAAGAGGAAACCCUGGACGCAGGACGAUCGCAGCCGGGCACAUGACCUGGUCGAGCUGAUGGGCCGGCUGCCCCUCAUGAUCCACGUGGCAGCUCAGCAUCUCAAGGCCACCAGAGAGCCGCUCUCCAAGUACCUCCGAUCCUACAAGAACCGGCCGAGGGUGGGAAGCCUGCCUGCGUACCGGGCGGUCUGGGACCAGCUCAAGGACCGAGGGGCCAGCGCAGCUCUGAACCUCAUGUCCAUCCUGGUCUUCUACGACCAGCAUAUCCCGGUCGAGAUGCUGACACUAGGACUGAGCGCCCUGGACAGCAGGACGCCCGUCAAGACGCGGGACGCCUCUCGCAGCCGAUUGACACUGAACAACACUCUCAAGGUUCUGAUUGCUUUUGCUCUGGUCGAGCGCACCGAGACGGACGAGAUCUCGUCUGCCGGGUCCUGGAGCUCCAGGAAGAGCUUCGACAGGACGGCCGAGUAUAUCGACAUCCUCCGCAUCCACAGUGUCGUCCAGGCCUUCUUCAUCGAGACCCUGACGGAGGACAAGCAGCAUUCCUUCUGGCUCGAGCGUUCGGCUGCCGUCUUUUGCCGGUCCUUUGACGAGGCCGACAAGCGCAUCAGAGAAGACCCGCGCGUCGGCCUGCCCGACGACUAUCGAAGGUACUCGAUCCACGGAAAGCGACUGCUCGAGCACCUGAACCGGCUCGAGAAGAGAGGCCGCGACCAGCUGCCGGGCUCCCGCAAGGCGGUCGAGGAGCGCUAUGACCAGAUGCGGGAGGCCAUCGACAGGCUCUCGCAGACUUUUCAGGGCCAGAUCGUCGACGGGUCUGGAGACGUCCCCUCGACGUCGGUGUUUGAAAGGGCCAGCAGCUCGUCCGAGCUCGACUCGGAGACGCCAGCAAGCCAGCAGAGCUACACCCUGGCGGACGAAUGGUAUGCCGUGGCAGACGACGACGCGCAGCAGUACUCCUCGCCCACCAUCAUCAUGCCCGGCGAAUUCAACCCGUAUCACUUUCACGUGCCGUACCCCAACCAAGCUCUGAUUCCUUCUGUGCCUUAUCAGGACGAAGAAGACGACGCCACCGUCAGCGCGACGCCCGUGCCUCCGCACCUGGAAAGGGUCGAGAGGCAGGAAGCACCCGGCAUCUCGAGCAGCUUCAGCAGCCCCGUGACACCAAGGUCUGGCGAGUGCCGAGGCUCGGGCCCCAGCCACCGAACCAUCAAGCGGACCGAAGCUCGGCGCUACCACGACCGCGCCGGCGCAUGGAGAGACCCCAAAGUGGGCGACCCAAGAAGCAGCAUCAGCCGCGAGACUGCAAAGGGGUCCAUCUUCCGGCCCCGCGCAUCGACUCGGCCGGGAAGCCAGUCGCGGAUGGUGACGGCAGACAGCGACGCCGAGUCGACCUUGAACAAGAUCAAACGAGCCGCGCCGCCGUCCCCCGGCGCUUCAGGGCCCUCCUUUCCCGAGCACGUGCGAACCUCGUCGGGCACCACGCUCCGCCCGCGCCUCAGGGUGGGUAGGAACAGCUACGCCAAUGCGCAGGCCGGGCCCUCUUCAGACGACGACUACACUAUCUCGCCCCCCAACUUCUCCAGCGGGCUUUCGAGGGUCUCGAGCCCACCCGCGAGCUGGACGGCCGCCACACUCAGACGCCUCCACGAGGGCAACGCUCUGCAGGGGGCCAUGGCCGCCGCCGAUCAGACCAACCAGACGCAGCCGGUCUUUGUGCCCAUUGCCGUCCCCGUCGCCGUUCCCGUGUCUCCAGACUCCCAAACCAUGAUCGCGGGGUUGGAUGCGCGCAUCCUCAACAAGGCGGCUGCCGGCGCCGUGGGAUCUCCACCGCAGGCGGCCUAUCCAGGAGUGAGAACCGCCAACUCGAGUCCAGGGCAGGUCUUUCAGCCGUUUGACCUCCCAGGCCUGCGGGUGGAGUCCAACAUGACGAGCAGCCUGCACUCGGUGCCUGGUCAUCACAGCACCGCAGGGGCUGCUAACCUGGCUUACAGGCCUGGCAACGGCCAUAUCGACGCGUCGGACCUCGCUCACGGCAUCGCCGGCGACGCCAUGAGCAGAUCCUUCCCCUUUGCCGGACCUCCGUACCCAUACACGCUCCAGGUGCAUCCCCCUGCCCAUCCCCACGGGGUCUCGUCACCGGAGGGCUACACCUCGGAGCCCAUGAGCCGCGACCCAAGCGCACAGUCCUCAUCCGGCCACGCAGCCACUGCUGGCAGCGUCGGCUCCGUCCCCAUCCCCUGGCCGGAGGGCCACCUCCAGCAGUCCCGACAACAACAGCAGCAGCAGCAGCAGCAGCAGCAGCAGCGCCUGUCCUCGCUGCCGCCCCAUGCCGCCUCACUCGACAAGUGGGCGGCACUCGACAUACUACCGCACCCGCGCAGUCCCUCGUUGGUCGAGACGGAGCCGUCGCCGCGCGCGCGCGACUCGUUCAUGGAGGUGGACACAAGCUAUGCGCGUUACGAAGAGAAGCACGGCGGGCGGCGCCGCUCCGGCUCGGCCAGCCUGUUCACGACGUCGCCCGCCACGGCGCGGCUGUUCCGCCGGGGCGGUGCCGCCGCCGCCGUCUCGGACCGCGGCCGGUCACGCAGCCAGGGCCCGACGCGGGGGCGCGGCGGUGGGCGGAGUCCCGGGACCUCGUCGCGCGGGUUCGCCACGCCCCCCUCUGUCGCGUCGUCGUCGGGGGGCGAGGCCAUGUCGAGGUCUGGGUCCGGGGGCAUCAGGCUCGGCGACGGCAGGGUCAUCCAGUUUGGCAGCAGCAUGCCUCCGCACGAGGUGGAGGCCGCGGUUGGGCAGGGCCCGCAGCUGCGCAGGGGCCGAGGCGGCAGCAGUGCCAGCAUGGGAAGCGAUGGUGGCGUCGGGCUGGGAAUCUCGCAGCACUGA